AUGGAGUCCACUGCGGCACUCCGACGGCGCCGACGCCGUAGGGUUGCUGACACAGACCGCAAACGUGCCCCCCGCGCCUGCGACCGCUGCAAGGUCCGAAAGAACCGAUGCAUUGAGACUGCAUCUGGAGCAUGUCAGAGGUGUCUGGAAGGAGCUCAUCCAUGCCGAUUCGAGCGGGAGAAGAGUCCCUCGGUCGAGAAAGUAGAUAACAGCACUGCAACGACAGCAACGAACUCAGCAAAAUGCCUCGACCAAGGCCCUCAAGUUCCUCCAAAUGCUGACAAAAAGCUCUACCCCCAAAAUAUGUCACUGGGCCAGAGCAUCAACGGUGACUUUUCUCCCGCAGGCGGAAGCCCAACAGAAGCUUUCAUGUGGCCUAGGUUUCUGUCUCGACUCCGUGAUGCGUUUUGCCUCGACUCGCAACCUGCACCCGAGGAACGUGACAUGGCGAAGGCACAAGCUCGUUUGUCACGCACACCCACAAUGGAACCCGCUGAGAUGCGUCGAGUCAAGAAAGCCGUGAAGAGAUUUCCACCUCGACCAGUUGCCGAUUUUCUCCUUUCCGUUUGCAUAACAUACGGGACUGACGUAUUCUUCUACUUUGACCAAGCCCAGUUCACUUCUGAGCUGGAACUUUUCUAUAACAACCAAACCUCACGACUUCGAACCGACACUGGGUUCGUCUGUCUUGCGCUUGCAGUUUUCGCCCUGGGAAGUCACUGGACAUGUCUAGCGAAGCCUAAGAGUACGAACAGUAAUAGUGUGCCUGAGGACCUUGAUCCUGGCCGGGGCUUCUACAAUCAAGCGCGAAUCCUGAUGGCAGACUUGAUUGAUCGGCCAUGUUUGCGAUCUGUCCAGGCUGCAUUCGUUCUUGGUGUCUAUCUGAUGCCGACAAGUGCAAUCAGCGCGUCUUAUGUAUAUAUGGGCCUUGCUCUGCGAAAAGCCCUUGCUAUCGGCCUUCAUUUAGAACCUGAUGAACCCUCUCAAAGUGAAGAUGAGAAGGAGAUGAGACGACGGCUUUGGUGGUCGAUCUAUUCUCUUGAGCGAACAGUGACAAUAAAGCUUAACCGUCCUAGAUCCAUAAACCAAGACAUAAUUACCGCUCGUCUACCUCGUCCCCUACCGCGAGAUUCGUCACAGAAGUUUGAUAAUGUACAGCACCAAGUGGCAAAUGCCCAGCUUGUGCAAAUUCUUGACAGACUUUCAGAGCCGGCCCAAUCGGAGUUGAUGAGGCUUGAAAAAGAACUCAAGGAUUGGAAACGAUCUUUGCCCGAAUCUUUGAAGCUCCAGAAUACUGAUCCGAAAUCUCCCAGCUACCGAGCUGUAUUUCAUUUACACCUAAACUACCACUUUGCCUGGAUCGACAUGGGAAAAGUCUCCGUCGUGACGCUCGUUCGUGCGCGCCUUCGUACUGUCUUUUGUCCAGACGAAGAGGCACCCCAAAUCAGUACAGACGUCGAGAAAGCGGCUGAAGCCUGCAUCAAGGCAGCCAAGAAAAUGCUGGCGCUGUUUGAGGGGUUGAGCCAAAGCGGUAAUAUGGCGCGAUUCUCGUUCACAGAUCUUCAAGGUUGUAGCAUUGCAACCAUUAUUGUGCUUCUUUCUGGCAUCCUAGAACGAGACUCGGGAUAUGAGGGUAGAGUUGCCUUUGGAUUGGACUGUCUACGCAGAAUGGCUGGAGGUGGUAAUUCGACUGCUAGUAUGGGGGUACGAUUCGUGGAGGCACUGCAGAGCAUUACAAACGAAGCAAGGGCGAAGUAUCUAGACGUCCAGUCAGGUAGAGAGGGCCAAAUACCUCCGAUUCCCACGACGACACCGAGGGGUUACGGGCAAUGGGCAGAGUGGAUAGCGGCGACAGGGGGUGCUGAGAGUUUUGUGGAAGAUGACUCCUUGUCAGAAAGAUCAGAAGAGCCGCCACCUGUUGGCCAGGUCCAUGCAGUUGAGGCAAAUGUUACGGGUUCCUCUCUUUGGGAAGAAGGCGCGGAUUUACAACUCCCGGAACCAUCAACAUCGGUUUUUGAGCCGCGACCCGGGGAACUAUCUUCACUGGCUGAUUGCCACGACUUUCUACCCAUGUCCUCUGUUGAUGAAAGUUGGCUGAACUCAUUCUCGGAUGAUCAGAUGUACUUGAUGGGAUUGACAGGAAUGGAUGUUCUCGACUUUACAACAGAUUGA